AUGGCCGGUGCCGUUCGGCAGCCAAUAAAUGUUGCUUCACUAUCCACUUACAUAGAGAAGAAUAUAGCCGACAUUAAAUUGCCUAUCUGCCUCAAGCAGUUUGGCUUUGGUCAAUCAAAUCCUACCUACCAGCUCAGGGCAGGCGAUGGAAGGAAAUAUGUAUUACGAAAGAAGCCACCGGGCAAGCUGCUUUCCAAGACAGCACACCAGGUCGAACGCGAGUUCCGCAUCAUCCACGCCUUAGAGAGCACAGAUGUCCCGGUCCCUAAAGCCUACUGGCUGUGCGAAGAUACUACGGUGAUCGAUACUGCUUUCUAUGUCAUGGAAUAUCUGGAUGGACGCAUAUUCGAGGAUGCAUCAUUUCCAGGCAUCAAUGCCGAAGAGAGAAACCAGAUGUGGCAGGAUGCUGUCGUGACGCUUGCGAAGCUUCACCGCGUUUCUCCUUCCUCCGUCGGCCUCUCGAGCUUUGGCAAGCACUCAGGCUUCUACGACCGCCAAAUCAAGACCUUCAGCACCAUCUCUGCGGCGCAAGCCCAAGCGAUCGAUGUCGAGACCAAGACUCGAGUAGGCAAGACUCCGCACUAUGAAGAUGUAGUGGAGUUCCUUCGAGAUCCAAAAAGCCAGCCGCAAGAUCGCGGCACAUUGAUCCACGGCGACUACAAGAUCGACAACCUUGUCUAUCACCAGACGGAACCCCGGGUAAUAGGCAUUCUCGACUGGGAAAUGUCUACAAUUGGCCAUCCAUUGUCUGACCUCUCGAACCUCCUCAGCCCGUACAGCUUCGCCGACAAUCCUCCUAAUGAUGCACUGUCUGUCCGCACGAACCUCGCUUUCCGUCCGUCUGCCAGUACUCCUGGGCUCCCUUCGCGCUCUCAGUGCGUGCAAUGGUACACUGAGGUCGCAGGCUGGGAUCCGAGCUCGGAGGUGGACUGGGGAGAUGCAUUCGCAGCGUUCCGCAAUGGUGUAAUCAUGCAAGGCAUCGCAGCUAGAUAUGCGCAGCGACAGGCCAGUAGUGAAAAGGCAAAAGAAAUUGGAGAUUUGAUGGGACCAUAUGGAGAAUUUUCAUGGUGCUUGAUUGAGCGAUGGAAAAAGAAAGCUGCCAAAAAGUGGGGGGGACGCCCUGACGGCUUCAAACUGGCGGCGGAAACGUACGACUCGGAUGACGGCCUGAUUCAACGAUCUCCUCCGCUGGUUCCUCGAAUAGUCAAUCUAAAACCGUCGCCAUCGCCUGACUAUCUGUCGCCUCCCGAAAGUUCUCCAACUCCUGAGCGUCUGAGUAGGUCAUCAAAUUUGAAUUCUAAGGGCAAGAAGCGUCAUCCGAAAGCCCAAGCCUCGCAAGGAGACGCCGUACUUAUUGGUUUUAUGGGAGGGCUGAAUCAUCCAGAUCUAGCGACGAAAGCAGGCGAGGUGCCCUUGCCUCAAUCCGACGACAGCGACGUGGACGACCCAAUGGACGUGGAUGGAAGGGAACAAACAGACGAAAACAACCCAGCUUGCGACAAGAACAUUGAUCUUGUCCACCUCGCAGAGAACGCUCUGCCCUUGCUCGAACGAAACAAUGGACAUGAUACUUCAAAGAACGAGCAUUCACGUCCAGCCCGCCCCAAAAUUCUAACACAAACAAGUCUGCCGGAGCCAAAGGAUGUGAUCCACGUAAAGACAGAGUACCGCCAGUCUUCGCCAUCACCUGGGGCUAAUCCCCCCAAACGGACUAAAUAUGGAUCCAACGCGAGUCAUUCGCCGUCGAGAAGCGCUCACAGGAAAGGGGAUCCUGAUUCUGCUGCAAUCUCGCCAAUGCUACGGAGGUUUACCAUCCCAAACUCGGAACGGUCUCCUACGGAGACUCUGCCUGCAAUGCAGCAAUCUCCGCCAUCAAGCUCCUCCAAAUCACCCAAUGGUCAGCAUAGCUUGCCGUCUUUGAGGGCCAUUCAACUCGAGCCAUUGCUGGAUGGACGGUCCCCUAAGGAGAAUGCGCCUCAUGGUAUAAAUCGUCCACCGUUCCCUCUCAGCAACACCCCCGUGACUUCGCCUCCAAUGAGCUCUAUUGCGCCAAGACCAGCUCAGUACCCCAGUCCACAGACUCUAAUGAACGGUCAUUUCCAUCAGCCUUAUCCACACGGCCAACCAUCUCCAGCAUACAGCGAUGCGUCGCCGAGGGACUCCGCUAAUAUGUCCCCACCCGGGAAGCCUAUUCAUUCCCAGUAUUUUCCUGGCGGAAGAACCCCACAAAGCGAAGAGCUGACGCCUCAGUCGGCAGAGAGUCACCUGAGCACCAGCAGCUUCAGCACCGUCUCUUCACCCCAUCCUCACCCCUUGGAUAUGGAUCGAAGCCGGCCCGUUCUCCCACCAUUGUCAGGUAUGGCCGGGGGAUCGCUGAUAAUUGGGAAUUUCAAGUGCGAGCAUGCCGGGUGUACGGCUCCAGCUUUCCAGACACAGUAUCUCCUGAAUUCUCAUGCAAAUGUACAUUCUCAGAAUCGACCCCACUACUGCCCAGUUGAGGGUUGUGCCAGGUCUGAAGGCGGCAAAGGGUUCAAGCGGAAGAACGAGAUGAUACGGCAUGGGUUGGUGCAUGAAUCACCAGGAUACAUAUGUCCGUUCUGUCCAGAAAGAGAGCACAAAUACCCAAGACCAGACAAUUUGCAGAGACACGUUCGCGUGAACCACAUCGACAAAGACACAAAUGACCCUCAGCUACGCGAAGUGCUUGCGCAGAGGUGUGAGGGCGGCAGCCGGGGCAGACGAAGGCGCCUUGGGAGCUGA